CUUCUCCUCCCCAGGGACUCCGGCUGCCCCAUUUUCCCCUGACGCCGUCGACCUGGUUCGCGGGAAGAUUAAUUUAGUUUGUCAGCUCGGCCCGACACUGCCGAUCAAGAGGGCUGAACCACAUCUUGCCUGUCGCGCAUCUAUCCCCUCGAGAUCCUCUGACUUGGGGGGUUCUCAUAACUCUAAAUCGACGUUUGUUGAGUAUGUCGGCCACGGUCGAGCAUACGAUUUCCUGACGAGGCGCCCCACUCGCUCUGUUUGACCGCGUGCGACUCAGGAGAAUUGCGCGAGGCUCAACUAGCUGCAGGCUUCAAGGCAUACUUCUCAGCCGCUCGCAUACUUAAAACCGUUUUCGCACAACAAUAUCUGCCUCCUUCGAUACAAAUUCAGCAUUGGGAGAGCUACUCUCAACACCAUUAUCCACGCCCAAGAACCAUAUCACCCUAGUUCAGAUUGAAGACAUACAGAGAACAGAUCCAGAGGCCCGAGAGCAGGUAUGGAACAAGUGCCCACUCCUCUCCGGGUUGGCACCCCAGCAGCGGCAAGAAGGCCGUCCGUCGAACAGGUUCCCUCUGUACUACGAGUCGGUUCUCCGGUUGUCGAUCGUGUAGUCUCGCCCAUAUCAAAUCGCCCACCUCUCAUGCGCCAUGGGACCUCCGGGUCGGAUAGACUGUCGCAACUCUUCCCAUCCCGCCCUGCAUCUGCUGCCUCUCCCAGCCCCGAUCUGGCUUCCUCACGACGAACUUCAUACCCUUCGCCCCUCCUGCCCGCGGCCGAGCCUGCGUACCGAAAACCGAACGCCCCAGCACCCCCUUCCUUUGCCGAGAACACCGCCUAUGACCCUACAGCCGACCGUUUCAGCACGCCAAAUUCUCCCCCAGCAACACAGCGCAGCAGAACGACUGGCCUAUUGAGUCGUCUUGCGUCCCUCAAGAGUGGAAAAUCAAGGGGAACAUAUAACAGGUUGGACGACGAGGAGACUGGAACUCUGCGAAAGGGGAAGCUGAAGAAUGUAGAAGAGGUUGAUGAGCCUGUCGGAUACGAUCUCAGCGGGUUCGAUGGGGUUCCCAUGCGUAAUUUUGGGAACACGACAACGAUCAGCGCGGCAGACUCGAUAGAGCAAGAGCACGACGCGAACCUGGCCGGGUAUGCUGCCGAGUAUGAAAGACUGGAGGCUCAGCUAGGAGCUGGUAUGUCAUCAAUCGUAGAAGUCCCGUUCACACAUCAAGUUCAGCUUGAACCGAAGGUCACUGGACAUAAACGAGCCCUUUCAAAUGUAGAAGUUGUUGCCCAGGAUGCGCAGAAAGAGGCCGAGAAAGUCGGUGGUAUUGUUGCCAUUGCUGAUAUUCCCCUGGAUAUAAGCGAUGCUUUCGGUGACGACAACUUCGAGACACGGAGCGUGCUUACUACCGGUCAUGAGAAUUCCGAUGGAUCGAAGACUAGCUAUUACUUCCCAGAGGACCCUGAUAUGCCUUCAUGGCGACCGUUUUCUAUGGGUUGGCCUUGGAUCUCCAUGCUCAUUAUUAUCGCCCUUAUGUUAGCCGCGAUCCAGGAGUUCCUCUGCCAGCUGUCGAUGAAGAGAGUUAGGGAAGACCCGAAAGGGGGCUUAAUCCAAUUCACUAAGCCUGGAGAUCUGUCAAUUAACUCAUACUUCACCUGGAAAUAUGCCCCCGUACUUGUUUUCAUCAUCUAUGGUAUUCUCUGGCAGAUAUCAGAUUUCGAGGUCAAGCGACUGGAGCCUUUUUACCAGCUUUCGAAGAAAACUGGCUCAACUGCAGCGGAGUCGCUUAACAUGGAUUACCUUACCUUCAUGUCGUGGUUGGUCCCGCUGCGGGCAUUGCGACAUAAGCAGUACGCCGUCAUAUAUUCAUCGCUUGGCACACUCGUUGCUAGCAGUCUGGUUCCUGUCCUACAGUCAGCGUCCGUAAACAUGUGGCCACCAAAGAAGGACCGCAAAGACAACGAGCUAAAAUCUAUCCGCAUCGACCCACCUUGGUCAAGAGCUGUCACAGGAUGUCUGCUUUUUGUCGCCAUUUGCGGUGCCAUUCUUCUUUACGAAAUGCGCCGUAAGAGCGGUCUUCUCUCCGACCCGAAAGGAAUCGCCGGUGUCGCAGCCCUGGCUACCAGAAGUCAUAUUCUGACGGACUUUCAUGGCUUGGAUACCGCUCCUCUGGACAAAAUUCACAAGCAAUUGCGCCACCGACGUUAUAUUCUCCACAAGAGCUCCUUGUGGCAGGGAGAAUAUAUCCGAAACAGCACCGAACGAGUAAGAGAACACGGCUCCGAUCCUAGACCACUUAUGCUUCGUCUUCGUGCCGGGGUACCCUAUAUCUCUUUCCUAAUCCUUUUUACCAUAUCUAUCCCUAUCUUCAUGUUUGUGGAUGGGGCCAAUCUGCUCACAGAGAAAGUUCCUAUCCUCCUCACCGCCCUUGCAACCAUCAUCAAGCUCCUGUGGGGCACGAUGAAUUGUGACAUCCGUAUGCUGGAGCCCUUUUAUAUCCUAGCGAACCGGAAUGCUCCCCCGAGAACGCUUACGCUCGAUUACACUGGCACAAAUCCCAUUUUCCUACCCGUUAAGGCCUUGCUUAACAGGCAUUAUUUGGUCGCUCUCGUCGGCAUUGGUUCCAUUUUGACUGAGAUUCUGACUGUAUGCGUCUCAUCAUUCUCAGUUGAUGGCAAGAAGUUCAUUCCGGGUCAAGGCCGCCGUGAACACGCUGAAGACGAAGCCAAAGACCGGUACAACACCGACGAAACUUUCCGCUCCUUCUGGAUCUCUUUCGCCCUCGUCAUUUGCAUACUCUUCGUCCUCGUUUCUAUCGCAUGUCUCGCAUACUUACGCCGCUCGCACAAAUUCAUGCCGCGGCAAAUUGGGACCAUGGCUUCCGUACUCGCCUUCAUCCACCAGUCCAAGAUGUUAGUGAAUUUUGUUGACACAGAGAAGUUCAACAGUACGCAGAUGACCGAAUAUUUAGAGAAGCAGAGGAAGACCUAUGCGUUGGGUUGGUUCAGUGGCCGAGACGGUGAUGACCAUUGUGGGAUUGAUGAAGAGCCUAUAUUGGCACCGUAUAAGUACGGUGUGGAUUGGACGAAGACAAGAGUGCUGGGGAACCAAAUCGGGACUUGGGAGCAUUAUUAAGUGUUUCUUGGAGUGUUACGUUUUGGGGCGUAUUUGGACUGGAGUUGUGAGAAGCAUUUUAAGCGAUACCUGGGGUCUGCAGUUCUAUGGAUUAAUGUUUAUAUUAGGCCGUAUAGAUACGCUCCUAUGUUUCCAUGAUUU